UAGGGUGUGAGCCAAAUGAUGGUCUCCCACUGAAAAUAACAGGCCAGGUUGAUCGUCGCUACCAUUGUCACAGCCGUUUCGACGUCGGACAGACUCUGAACUAAAUCGGAACCAUCCUCUCAGGACUGGAUUUUGAAUGUCUUGUUUGAAAAUUGGAGCUACUCUCUUGUGCUCGACCUGCCGCGGAAAUAGACUGACUUCCUACUAGUCGCUUGAUUCCUCGCCGCUGCCGCAGACCUACUACUCUCCUCGGCUCAUUGAACCCAGACUGUCCGCGAACUACUGGCUCUGGCAUCUGGACACAUCGGAACUAGUCUAUUGUCAGUGUAAAUACGCUAACGUGCCUGUGUGUGUGCUUUCGCUGCCUGUAUAAUGCCGACACAUUUGCGGUUCCGGAGAAGGUCAUUCCUUGGACUUUUAUUCCUUUUCUCACUGUCCACCUCCGCAUUGUAUUUCAUCUACUCCGCCCCCGGAAUCGUGAAUGAGUAUGUGUUUAUGGUCCAAGCCAGAGGGAUCCAGAUCAGAGAGAACGUGAAGAACAUUGGGGCUCAGGUUCUGGAGCAGGUGGUGAGGGGGGCUUACAACAUCAAUGGCACAGAUUAUGCCUAUGACUUCAAUUUGAGCGAGAGCGAUGUCCCACCCACUACAUACCUCCCUGAGGGCUUCACCUACCUCCCCUCACAAGUUUGCCCUGAGAGACUGCCCUCCAUGAAGGGCAGGUUGCACGUGAAUAUGAGUGAGGUAUCUUUGGAGGAGGUGUCGAGAUCCCUGCUGGAGAGAGAGCCUACCAUGGCCUCAGGAGGCUUCUGGAAGCCCAAAGACUGUUUACCUCGCUGGAAGGUGGCAAUCCUAGUCCCGUUCAGGAACCGACUUGAACAUCUACCCAUCCUCCUGAGACACCUGGUGCCAGUGCUGCAGAAACAAAAACUCCAAUUUGCCUUUUAUAUCAUAGAGCAGGGGGGCACAGAGCCAUUUAACCGAGCCAUGUUGUUUAACGUGGGCUACAAAGAGGCUAUGAAGGACCUGGACUGGGACUGUCUGGUCUUCCACGAUGUGGACCACCUCAUGGAGAACGACAGGAACUACUAUGGCUGCUCAGGCAUGCCCCGACACUUUGCAGUCAAGCUCGACAAGUACUCCUACAUGCUUCCGUAUAAUGAGUUCUUCGGCGGUGUCAGUGGCCUGACGGUGAAGCAGUUCAAAAAGAUUAAUGGAUUUCCUAAUGCAUUCUGGGGCUGGGGGGGAGAGGACGAUGACCUCUGGAACAGGGUGCAGUUCGCCAAUUUUUCAGUAAGUAGACCAAAGGGAGAGCAGGGACGCUACAUGUCAAUUCCACAUCAUCAUCGUGGAGAAGUUCAGUUCCUGGGAAGGUAUAGUCUUCUACGCCACUCAAAGGAGAGACAGAAAGUGGAUGGUCUUAACAACCUAAACUACUCCCCCCUAGUGUCCAGGAGGCCUCUCUACACCAACAUCACAGUCAGCUUGAGCAGAAUGCUUGCACCGAUAGCUGACUACUGAUGUAGGAACAGCUGGACUGCAAACCAUCUGGGAAUCGUCCUCUUGGACAUCAGCCAUAUCUCACCAGUUGCAGCACUGCUUAGGACUUUUUAGUUGAUUGAUUCUUUGCUUUGUUUCUUUUGUUUGUAUGCAAAAAAUGGAGACUCAAAUAAGUAUGUUGGAUAAAUCAUAUAAGAAAAUAGGGAUAAAUGCUGCACUCGUUUGUGCCACAGUCCAUCACUUCUCUCAUCUGGGCUUAUCUAGUCUUCAGUCUCCACAUGCCUUUUGCACCAUUUUGGCCUUCAGCAUCCAUCCAUCCAUCCGUUCAUUCAUUUCCUUGCUUAGUUGAUGAUUAGUUCAGCCCUUUGCUAUUGUGCUUGUUUGUUCAAAUAGGCCAUGAGACACACACAUAUUGGAGUGCAUGCAUGCCCUACACAUGCACGCACACAACCGUUUUGACUUACAUGUGCUGACAUGGGUCCUGAGGCUUUGAUCUUUACUUUGCUCUUGCACUUCGUAUUUUCACAAAUGCAGUAAACCUGUGAAUUGCAUGCACACACAACCAACUUUAACCGAGUAGACGCUUGCAGCUGGUUCUGCAGAAGGUAUGCCAAAUCUACAAGUGAUGAGAGCAAAUGAUAUUAAGAGUGAGUGUUUUCAAUCAUCUAUAUGUGAAAUAGUUUAUCCUGAUUUUAGAGAAUAUUAAUACCUUAAUCAUCAACUAUAUUUUGUCCUGUGAACAUACCAUUUAAAGACUGUGAUGUUUGUGUUUGCAUAGUUGCAUUGGAUGUCCCAGCUGCCUGCAAGUGGCUGUAUGUUGGAGAGCAAUGCUCAUCCUGUUAGCAAUAAGCUGUAAUAUCAGACACCUAAACGUAGACCUGACUUCCUCACUAUACAGAUGCAAUAGCACAGGUGCUAGCAUACUCUUAUUGGACUACGGAGAAGGAGUGACUGUGUAUGCAAACUUCACAUUCAACACACCUUUGCCUAAGCAAACAUGCCACCCUUUUCAGAACCUGUAUGUGUCUGUGUGCGUGUCUGUGUCUAUAUACGUGAGGGAGAGCUAUGCAAAUGGCCUGUAUGUAUCCUGUUGUCAGUACAAGGUCUUCAGGGUGACCUCCGGGAGACUUCACCCCUGAAACUGUGACAGACUGACUGGAGACCUCACUCUGUAUGCGGUAUGUUUAAGUCCAGGCCAGGGAGAGAUAAACAGAUUCCGUUUUAUUUUUAGAUCCCACAUCCUUAAUGUUUACUCACCUUCAUUUUUACGAAAGAGCAUUGGAGGUAGAGACUACUUGAUUGCUGUCACUGUCACUGUCACUGGUGUUUACAGAAGCUUUUGCUUUGUUAUUUUUCAGAUUGUCUAGUGUUUAUAAUACUGUUAGCCAGCCCUCCUCCACUGUGGGUGCUGUGAAAACUCUGUUCAACAGCGUAUCUAAUGCCUGCCUUUAUUUUUUUUGAACUGAAACUUCUUUAUCUUAACUAUAUAGGAUAAGAAAAAAAGAAGUCUGAAUGCUCAUCUAAGACGUCAGCUGUUAAACCACUGAUUAGCUUUGUUGACUUGUGGUCAGGCUUUUGCCGGUUUAGUUUUUUUUUUGAAAGAC